AUGCGGCCGCCGACGUCCACCCUCCGACGCAAUGUCCUCCUCGACAGAGUCGUGUGUCAACAACAGAGACUACUAGGACUACAAGUACCACGGAGCAGCAGGUUGUUGCCCAGUACUCUCAGGACUCUUAUCACAACUUCACGCGCCUCUUCGGCCUCGACCACCCCUUCUUCACAACGCCUCAAGGCCGGUUAUUUCGUCUCCAACGCCUUUCUCCCCUCCCGCGUCAAGACCAAUGGCAUCCACGACUCGGCCAGCUCGCAACGGAGCAGCACCGUAGCUGCUUCCACCACAACAACAGCAACAACAGCCGAUACCGCCGACGGGUCGAGCAGCUCUACAACAACACAACCGACGACGACAACAUCCACCGACCUACCACCGGUCGAUAAUACCCUCCUCCCCCACCGGCGCCGACAAGCUCAACGAAAGGCCGCAGCCGCCGCCGCAGCAGCAGAAGCAGCCGGCGAAACAUCAACAACAACACCCCUUAUAAACCCCGACGCCCCGACCGCCGACCUAGCACCCGAUGCCUCGUCACAGCUCGCCGCCGCCGCCGCCUCUGCGCCCGCCGACUCCCUCAAGCGGCGCCUCUCCUCCAUGCUCUCGCUGUCCAAGCCUCGCCUGACCGUGCUGGUCGUUUUGUCCGCCAUGGUCCCCUACGCAUUAUACCCGGUCCCAGCCUUCCUGACCUCCUCGGCGCUCGACACCUCGUUGGCCCCUUCCUUGUCCCCUCUAACCCUCCUCUUCCUCACGACGGGAACCACCCUCUGCUCGGCAUCCGCCAACGCGCUCAACAUGCUCUACGAGCCCGACACCGACAGCAAGAUGACGCGCACGCGCACGCGCCCCUUGGUCCGCCGGCUGCUGACCACCAAGGCAGCCGUCUUGUUUGCCGUAGGCUGCGGUCUUGCGGGAACGCUUGCUCUCUACUUCGGCGUCAACCCCACCGUCUCCUUCCUCGGCGCCGCCAACAUCGCCCUGUACGCGGGCGCCUACACGCCCCUCAAGCGCAUCAGCGCGGUAAACACGUGGGUGGGCGCCAUCGUAGGCGGUAUCCCCCCGCUGAUGGGCUGGGCCGCAGCAGCCGGCGAGUCUGCCACCGGCGACGGGACAUGGCGCGAGCUUCUUUUCGCCAGCGACGGCUCUUCGCUCGGCGGCUGGCUUUUCGCUGGCCUGCUCUUUGCCUGGCAAUUCCCGCAUUUCAUGCCUUUGUCGUGGGGCAUCCGGCACGAGUACAAGGCCGCCGGCUUGCGCAUGCUGGCGUGGACGAAUCCUGCCCGGAACGGGCGCGUGGCGCUGAGAUACAGCCUGGCCUUCAUCCCGCUUUGCGUCGGGCUCAGCGCCACGGGCGUGACGGAGUGGAGCUUCGCGGUGACGAGUCUGCCGGUCAACGCCUGGUUGGUUUGGGAGGCGAUCAAGUUCUGGAGGCUGGAGGGCCACAAGGGCAGCGCGAGGGGAUUGUUUUGGGCGAGCGUGUGGCACUUGCCGGUGAUUAUGGUGUUGGCGCUGGCGCAGAAGAAGGGUAUGUGGGGGAGGGUUUGGAGGAGUGUGUUUGGACAACCUGAAGAAGAAGAAGAGGAGGGUGAGUGGAUUUAUGAGGAUGAGGAGGAGGAGGAGGAGGUGAAGAAGGUGGGAGAUGUUGGAAAGUCGGUUGUGAAGAAGUAG